AUGGGGUCCAGGCUCCUCUUUUCUGUGGCCCUCUGUACCCUGUGGACAGGGCACAUGGAUGCUAGUGUCACCCAGACCCCGAGGCACAAGAUCACAAAGACAGGAAGGAAGGUGACCCUGCAGUGUACCCAGGACAUGAGCCACAACUACAUGUAUUGGUACCAACAGAACCCGGGCCUGGGACUGCAGCUGUUGCAUUAUUCAGUGGGCGCUGGUAUCCUCGAGAAAGGCGACCUCCCUGAUGGAUACAAUGUCUCCAGACCAAAGACAGAGCAUUUCUCUCUCACGCUGGCAUCCGCUGUCCCCUCGCAGACAGCUGUGUACUUCUGUGCGAGCAGUAUUUCCACAGCCCUGAACAAGCACACGGAUGCUGGAGUCACGCAGACACCCAGGCACAAGGUGGCAGAGAUAGGACGCCCGGUGUCUCUGCACUGCAAACCCAUUUCUGGCCACAAUGCCCUCUUCUGGUACAGACAGACCUCGGGCCAGGGGCUGGAGUUGCUGAGUGUCUUCCAGAACCAGGCUGUCAUUGAGCAGACAGAGAGCCUCAAGGACAGAUUCUCUGCUGAGAUGCCUAACGCGACAUCCUCCACCCUGAAGAUCAAGUCUGCGGAGCCGGGGGACACAGCUGUACGCUGCACGGAGAAGGAUGGACGCUGCACGGAGAAGGAUGGACGUUUCACGGAGAAGGAUGGACGUUUCACGGAGAAGGAUGGACGUUUCACGGAGAAGGAUGGACGUUUCACGGAGAAGGAUGGACGUUUCACAGAAAAGGAUGGACGUUUCACAGAGAAGGAUGGACGUUUCACGGAGAAGGAUGGACGUUUCCUGUCAGGAUUUGCAGCUUCCAUGGGUCAUGCGUUGACCAACAGCAGUACUGGGUGUCUGCAGACUCUCUAUGGUGGCUGGGACCCUGUACACGCACCCCGAAAACCAAGGGCCUUCAAGGCCCUCAUCGCUGCUCUGCCCAGUGGGGCUCAAGUCUGCAUGCUCUCAACACCACCCCACUUCCACUUUGGCCAAACCAACUGUACCCCAGAAUUUCUACGCCAAUUUCCAGCCAGUAAAAUUCCAGCACCUGAGGGUGACGAUGAAGUCUGUGUGUUUGAGAGCAAUGUCAUUGCCUGUUACACGAACAAUGGGGAGAUGCGGGGAAGUACCCCAGACGCAGCAGCCCCUGUGGGCAAAUCCAGCCGAGACCCUGAGGUCAGAGCCAUGGGUCCCCGCAUGCUUCCCUGUGUGCUCCUUUGUCUCCUGGAGGCAGGUCCCAUGGUUGCUGUGGUCACCCAGAACCCAAAAUACCAGGUUGCCAGGGUGGGGAAGUUGGUAUCUCUGAGCUGUUCUCAGAACCUGGGUCAUGAUGCCAUGUACUGGUACCAGCAGAAGCCGGGCCAAGCUCUAAAGCUGCUGUUCUACUACUAUGAUACGACCUUCAACAAUGGAACAGAUACCUCCGACAACUUCCAGCCCAGCCGGCCCAACACUUCCUCCUGUGGGCUGAGCAUCCGCUCACCAGCCGUGGGAGACUCGGCCGUGUACCUGUGUGCCAGCAGCAGAGACACAGAGCUUCAGUGUCGCUCUCCCUCUACUCAUAAACCCACCAACCUCCAGCUCCCAGAGCCUCUCUGGGGCCCCUCCUUCGUAGGGCGGCAGCAGGAAGUGGGCUCAUGGCUGCCAUGA